CUGAAGCGACACGUCGAAGAGCAUUUCUCUCGUCCUGAAUUGGUUCGCGACUGUAUUAUGGGUCUGUCAGACGGUCUGACCGUACCAUUCGCCUUGGCAGCCGGGCUUUCUAGCCUAGGAGAUCAUAAGAUUGUGAUUUAUGGAGGAUUAGCAGAGCUUGUUUCUGGAGCCAUUUCUAUGGGCUUAGGUGGUUACCUUGCAGCAAGAUCUGAAGCUGACCACUACAAGACAGAACGUCUCCGAGAAGAGGAAGAGGUCGAACUUUACCCAAAGGAAGAAGAGGAAGAAAUAAUUGAGCUCUUUGAGCCUUACGGACUAGAUCGAGAGUCUAUGGAGCCAAUGAUGGUCAAGUUUAGAGAAAAUACAGAAAAGUUUGUUGAUUUCAUGAUGAAGUUUGAAUUGAACCUUGAGAUGCCUGACCCUAAUCGAAGCUGGAUCUCUGCAUUAACAAUUGGCACCUCAUAUCUGUUUGGAGGAUUUAUCCCUCUCUUGCCAUACUUCUUUGUGGUCAAUACAACCCGCGCUCUGUUCUACUCGAUCUUUUUUACUUCAUUGACACUGCUGACAUUUGGCUAUGUCAAGAGUAUCUAUCUUCGUCCAGCCCAGGCUGUUAUCGGCGCCCUCCAAACCUUUGCUAUCGGCGCUGUUGCAGCUGCCAGUAGUUACGCUCUUGUUGCCAUGGUC